AUGACACGAGGGCCACCCGGGCGUUUCUCAGUAUGGAAAUCAUGGGGCCACAAGUCACGUGAUAUGCCAGACUUGAUCAGCUUCCCGGUGACAAUUCCGGAAAGGUUGACCACUGCAUUUGCGUGUCUGGCCCUGCUGGCCAUGGCCCACGAGGCCUCAGCGCUCAUCUCCAAAGGCAGAGGCGGAGGCAGGGGCGGCAGAGGCAAGGGCGGCAGAGGAAAGGGAGGACGAGGCAAAGGACGGCGACCAGGAUCCAGGAUGGUCUGCCCCGUGCGCGUCGUGUACGUCAACAGUGGCUGUGGCGGAGGUGGAGGCAUGACCGGGUACGGGGGUGGAGGAGGAGGCACAAGUGGCUACGGCAGCGGUGGGGGAGGAGGAGGAGGUGGAGGGGCACUCGGCGGCCUCGGGAGUUUGUUUGGUGGCGGAGGAGGGAGCAUCUUCGGUGGUUCUUCGGGAGGCGGGCUGGGCAGCAUCUUCGGCGGCGGCGGACUCAGCAGUAGCUACGGCGCGCCCAGCCUCGGAGGGGGCGGGUCCGGCCUCAGCGGCAGCUACGGAGUCCCAAGUAUCGGGGGAGGAGGGGGACCCAGCAGCAGCUACGGUGCUCCCAGCUUCGGAGGAGGAGGAGGAGGAGGAGGAAUCAGCAGCAGCUACGGUGCUCCCAGCUUCGGAGGAGGAGGAGGAGGAGGAAUCAGCAGCAGCUACGGUGUCCCCAGCUCAGGAGCUCUGGCGGAGGUGGAGGAGGUGGAGGUGGAGGUGGAUCAGGGUAUGGUGGAAGCUCUGGCGGAGGUGGAGGAGGAGGAGGUGGAGGUGGAUCAGGGUAUGGUGGAAGCUCUGGCGGUGGUGGAGGAAAGGCAUCAAGUACGCUGGGACUUGGCGGCUGCCCCAACAUUGGUCGGAGGCAACAUGGUUCUAAAACUUAAACUUCUGGAGAGGCAUCCAGUGAUUGUGCUAUUUUACGUCAUGGUUUAA